AUGCAGGACGGUCACUUCCUGCUGUCGGCCCUGCAGCCCGAGACCGGCGUGUGCUCCCUGGCACUGCCCUCCGACCUGCAGCUGGACCGCCGCGGUGCCGAGGGCCCAGAAGCCGAGCGGCUGCGGGCAGCCCGGGUCCAGGAGCAGGUCCGGGCCCGUCUCCUGCAGCUGGGUCAGCUGUCGCGGCACAACGGGGCGGCUGAGCCUGACGGGGCUGUGGAAGUCACCCGAGGGACUUCCCGGAGCCAGUACCACACGCUGCAGUCCGGCUUCAGCUCCCGCUCACAAGGCCUGAGUGGGGAUACGUCGACCUUGCGAUCCAUCGCCAAACCAGCCUACACCCCGGCCUCCUGGUCCUCCCGCUCGGCUGUGGACCUAAGCAACACCCGGAGGCUGAGCUCGGCCCACAAUGGCGGUGGCGCCUUCGGGGCUCCCGGCUCCAGGGGCGCCUUACCUGCGCCCCCCAUGCCCGCCCGACCCAUGUCCGUCCAUGAGCGUGGAGGGGCGGGCAGCCGCGUGGACUACGAUACCUUGUCCCUGCAUUCACUGAGGCUGGGUCCGAGCGCCCUGGAUGACCGCUAUAGUGUGGUGUCCGAGCAGCUGGAGCCUGCUGCAUCCUCCGCCUACCGGGCCUUUGGCUAUGAGCGCCAGGCCAGCUCUAGCUCCAGCCGGGCAGGGGGCCCCGACUGGGCAGAGACCUCUGAGGGGCCACCCAGCCGCACCAUCCGGGCACCUGCCAUGAGGACCCUGCAGCGGUUUCAGAGCAGCCACCGAAGCCGGGGUGGUGUGGGGGUGGGGGUGGGGUCAGUGCCUGGGGGAACCCUGGAGCCCAUGGCCCGGGCACCCUCAGUACGGAGUCUUAGUCUCAGCCUGGCUGACUCUGGCCACCUGCCCGACGUGAGAGGGCUGGACAGCUACGGCGGCCACCGUGCCCUGCAGAGGCUCAGCAGCGGCUUUGAUGACAUCGACCUGCCCUCUGCAGUCAAGUACCUCAUGGCCUCCGACCCCAACCUACAGGUGCUGGGGGCAGCUUACAUCCAGCACAGGUGCUACAGCGAUGCGGCGGCAAAGAAACAGGCCCGCAGCCUCCAGGCUGUGCCCAGGCUGGUGAAGCUCUUCAACCAUGCCAACCAAGAGGUGCAGCGGCACGCCACGGGGGCCAUGCGUAAUCUCAUCUACGACAAUGCCGACAACAAGCUGGCCCUAGUGGAGGAGAACGGCAUCUUUGAGCUGCUGCGGACGCUGCGGGAACAGGACGAUGAGCUGCGCAAGAACGUCACAGGCAUCCUGUGGAACCUGUCAUCCAGCGAUCACCUGAAGGACCGCCUGGCUCGAGACACGCUGGAGCAGCUCACAGACCUAGUGCUGAGCCCCCUGUCAGGGGCAGGUGGGCCCCCCCUCAUCCAGCAGAAUGCCUCUGAGGCCGAGAUAUUCUACAAUGCCACAGGCUUCCUCAGGAACCUCAGUUCAGCCUCCCAGGCUACUCGCCAGAAGAUGCGUGAGUGCCACGGGCUGGUGGACGCCCUGGUCACCUACAUCAACCAUGCCCUGGACGUGGGCAAGUGCGAGGACAAGAGCGUAGAGAACGCCGUGUGUGUCCUGCGGAACCUGUCCUACCGCCUGUACGAUGAGAUGCCGCCAUCCGCCCUGCAGAGGCUUGAGGGCCGGGGCCGCCGUGAUUUGGCUGGGGGGCCACCCGGUGAAAUGGUUGGCUGCUUUACGCCCCAGAGCCGGCGGCUUCGAGAGCUGCCCCUCACAGCUGAUGCACUCACUUUUGCGGAAGUGUCCAAGGACCCCAAAGGCCUCGAGUGGCUGUGGAGCCCCCAGAUCGUGGGGCUGUAUAACCGCCUGCUGCAGCGCUGUGAGCUCAACAGGCACACAACAGAGGCUGCGGCCGGGGCACUGCAGAACAUCACGGCGGGCGACCGGAGGUGGGCAGGUGUGCUGAGCCGCCUUGCCCUGGAGCAAGAACGUAUCCUGAACCCACUGCUGGACCGUGUGCGUACUGCAGACCAUCACCAGCUGCGCUCACUCACCGGACUCAUUCGGAACCUGUCCCGAAAUGCCAGGAAUAAGGAUGAGAUGUCUACCAAGGUGGUGAGUCACCUGAUCGAGAAGCUGCCAGGCAGCGUGGGAGAGAAGUCCCCUCCGGCCGACGUGCUGGUCAACAUCAUAGCCGUACUUAACAACCUGGUGGUAGCCAGCCCCAUCGCUGCCCGGGACCUGCUCUACUUUGACGGGCUGCGCAAGCUGAUCUUCAUCAAGAAGAAACGGGACAGCCCUGACAGUGAGAAGUCCUCCCGGGCGGCCUCCAGCCUCCUGACUAAUCUGUGGCAAUACAACAAACUCCACCGAGACUUCAGAGCAAAGGGCUAUCGGAAGGACGACUUCCUGGGCCCAUAGGCGGUCCCUUCCUGGAGGAGAACACGGCGCAACAUGGUCCAGCCUGAGAAACGGGAUCAGCUGCUGCUUGGUGGCUGGCCUGGAGGGGAAGGCUGAGGGCCCAGGGUCUUCACUGGGAUCCUGUGCAUCCUGUGGGGCCUGGGUCCCCCAAAAGGGGCCG